AUGUCUGAACAACCAACCACAACGACAGCAUCGGCCACUAAUGGUCAAAGCAAUCCAGAUGACAUUAGGAAAUCGUUCAUCGAACAAGUUAAAGCUCGUAAAGCUGCUUUAGAAAAAAGAAGACAAGAAGAAGCAGCUGCAGCUGCCGCUGCCGCUGCUCCAACUCCAGCUCCUACUCCAGAAACACCAAAAACUGAAACUGAAGCUCCUGCUUCUACUUCUACUACUACUAGUAAUGUAGAAGAAACCACAGAUGCAUCAGCUCCAAAGAAAGAAUUGACUUUUGCUGAACGUCUAAAGUUGAAGAAACAAGCCGCUAACGCUGCCUCUAACACUACUGCUGAAGGUGAAACUAAACCAGAUCCAGCUGCAGAAGAACCAAAAUCUACCGCCACCGACAAGGAAGAAACUAUCACUGAAGAAUCUAAAGAAACUGAAAAUAAGGGAACCCCAGCUACUGAAGGCGAGAAUCUUGAUGAACAAGCAUCAACAGAACAAAAGGAAACUGAAGAACAAGCAUCAAAAGAAGAAGAAGAAGAGGAGGAGGAAAUUGAUGACGGAAGUAUGACAGUUUCCAAACUUUUAGAAAGAUUAAAGGAAGUUCCACCAAUUGAUGACAUUUACAGUUUUAAAUACCCAGAAGGUAUUGAAGGACCAAAUCCAAUUUAUAAAAAGGAAAACGUUAAAUAUACCUAUGGUCCUACUUUUAUACUGCAAUUUAAAGAUAGAUUUAAAGUUAAAGCUGAUAAGGCAUGGAUUCAAUCUACUGGUUCCAAAGUCGUUAUCCCCGUUGGAAUGAAUAAAUCGAAUAAAUCUUCUAGAGAACCAAGUAAUAGAUUCGGUGGUCGUGGAGGUGCUGGUAAUGAUUUCAGAAGUAACUCAAUGAGAAAUGAAUCCAGAAGUUCAUCAAAGAGAAAAUCUAGAAGAAACGUGGAUGAUAGAAGAUCCAAUAGGGAUAGAUCAUAUACUUCAAGAAGAGAUCGUGAAAGAGGUGCUGAAUUCGGUGGUGCUGCUAAAAAAGACGAAACUCCAAAGGAAGAGGUCGCUCCAUUUGUUCCAAGUGCUAAUAGAUGGGUUCCAAAAUCAAGAGCUAAGAAAUCUGAAAAGAAAAUGGCUCCCGAUGGUGUUACUGAACUGUUAGAUGCUGAAGAUGUUGAAAGAAAGAUGAAAUCAUUAUUGAAUAAGUUGACUUUAGAAAAAUUUGACACAAUUUCUACAGAUAUUAUAAACAUUGCUAACCAAUCUAAAUGGGAAACUCAAGGUGAAACUUUAAAGAUUGUUAUUGAACAGAUUUUCCAUAAGGCAUGUGACGAACCUCAUUGGUCUUCCAUGUAUGCACAAUUAUGUGGUAAAGUUGUCAAAGAGUUGAGUCCGGAAAUUUCUGAUGAAACUAAUGAAGGUAAGACUGGUCCAAAAUUGAUAUUACACUACUUAGUUGCUAGAUGUCAUACCGAAUUCCAAAAGGGGUGGUCCGAUAAAUUACCAACUAACGAAGAUGGUAGUCCGUUAGAACCGGAAAUGAUGUCUGAUGAAUAUUAUCAAGCUGCCGCAGCAAAGAGAAGAGGUCUUGGUUUGGUCCGUUUGAUUGGUUUCUUGUAUUGUUUGAAUCUAUUGACAGGUAAGAUGAUGUUUGAAUGUUUCCGUAGAUUAAUGAAGGAUUUGACUGAUAAUCCAAGUGAAGAAACUUUAGAAUCUGUUGUCGAAUUAUUAACUACCGUUGGUGAACAAUUUGAACGUGAUAGUUUCAGAGCUGGUGAUGCUACAUUAGAAGGUUCCGCAUUAUUAGAUAGUUUGUUCCAACUUCUUGACAACGUCAUUGAAACUGGGAAAAUAUCGAAUAGAAUCAAAUUUAAAUUGAUUGACAUAAAAGAACUAAGAGAGGAUAAAAAUUGGAACAGUGCCAAGAAGAAUGAUGGUCCUAAGACUAUUUCUCAAAUUCAUGAAGAAGAAGAAAGAGCUCGUCAAUUGAAAGCCAGCUCAAGAUCUAACUCCAGACGUACCAAUAACUCCAUGGGUGGAAGUAAUAGAAGUUCUAGAAGAGAUUAUGGUCCUCCAAAGGUUUCUAAGGACAACUUUACCACAACAAGAUCUUUCUCCCAAAGAAAUAACGCUAGAGCUCCACCACAAAAAGAAGAACCUAAACCAGCAGCUCCAGCAGCUACCAACAUGUUCAGUGCUCUAUUGGGUAACGAUGAUGACGAUGAAGAUGACGAAUAA